AUGUUUCCGCAACCUGGGGCCAAAGCUGGUGAAGCGGAGCUAGAUGUCGGACUCCAGGUUCUCGCCUUCUAUCACGCCAACCUACACCCUCGAGGAAGUCGGUUCGUGCAUGUUUGCACGCGCAACCGCGAGUCUCCAUUACUAGGCCUUUCGUCGGGCUGGCUGCGAGGACGGACGCUGCAAAGAGCUGAUUGCUCCGGUCGGAUCCUGGUUCGCUUCGCUGGCCCGUUUCAAGACCCACUGCUCGGCCCAGCAGAGACCUUGGAUAUUUCGGUGCCCUGCGCUUUGGUGCGGGCAGCCGAUUCUGUCGGAUUUGCUGAUGAAGGAAGCAGUGCAGGAGCAGCGACCUCGACGAACAGCACCUUGCUGCCCAAACAACGUCCGCUGCUGUCCAUACUGUUGAUUCGUUGCUGGGACUAUCGAGCCAUGUCCACUUGGUCAGACUUUGCUGUUGCAAACGACGGAAUGCUCCGGGACCUGCUAGACGGGGAAUGUGGGAUUUUUCCUUCUCUAGCGGGGGAGUUUGAGGUUUACACUGCCUUUGUACGAACAUCGACAGACCUGAAGAUCCUGUCCGAGCACUGGGCACAGGCAGUCCUGGCAGGGCAGAACCAAGUUGUCUGGUACUUUCUCUGGCCCUGUCAGAAUGCAGAUGCAGACGUUUCUUCAGGGUGCGUCAGGGAGCGGGAUUUCUUCCAUCUGCAGCGGCGUAUGGAGAGGGUCGGCCUCCGCAGCGGCUGGCCCCACCCUCACAUGUUGUACGAGCAGCUCGCUGGAAAACUGUGGGUUCCGCAGAUGAGCUUGAACAGGGACUACCGGAUCCCUCCGACAGUUCGGGUUCAUCAUGCUGAUGUUCGGCGGAAUUCGCAUUCUGCGGCGGCUCAAGCAAUUGAUGACUUGGUUCGGCUUCGAGAUCAUGUCUGGAGUGGCAGCUCCACAAGAGAUGUAUCGAGCUUUCGUGGGGUUGCGAAGCUGGGCUUCAGCUGGCAGGGUGAUGACGUGGUCCCGUUUGAAGGAGCGAAGAAUUUGGCAGAUGUGCUCUGCAGAUUGCUGGAAGGACGAGGCAAUGAGCAAUUGAGCUGCAUUGUCCAGGAGCUUAUUCCGAAUGCAGUCUGCGAGCAUCGAGUUCUGUGUUUCCACGAUGCCGCAGUGGGCAAAUGGGCUUUUUGCCGGGAGCGGCUGUGGAUGACCAUGAAGCCUCCGGGCUCCCACCACAAGCAUCAGGAUGUCCUUGAGGUGACGGAUUUUCGCCUCACUUCGGCCACGGUGUUGUCGCGGGACCAGGCGGCUGAGCAGCUCUUCGAGGGAAGCCGUGAGAUGGUGGAGGUGGUCGAGCAGGAAGCCGACAUCUUGGUGGAUCGCUGGCUGGCGUGGUUCCGCACCGAAACAACGGAGCCUCCUGCAGUCACAAGGUUGGACUUCCUAGUCUCGUGGCGGCCAGGUGCGAGGCCAACAGUGUGGACCUGCGAAGUGUGUGAGUGCGGAGCUUCCCUGUGCUCCGUGGAGUGCGAUGCACGAAACUGUGCCGCGCUGAACUGGGCCGUGGCUGAAGAUCCCUCGGGUCGCUUUCCGUUGGCCAUGCCGCGGAUACGCCGAAACAGCGGAUGGAAAUCGUGA